AAAAUAUAAUUUGAAUAUAUUAUCGUUCUUUUUUUAAUUUUACUUCAUUUUCAUAGUUAAUUUCCGCUUUUUCAUUUCCAUUCAGUAUUCAUUUCACAAAAUCAUCAACAAAUUUUCAUCUGGAUAGCUUUUGGUGUGAAUUAUUUACAUGUUGGCUAAGUGUUGGAUAAUUUUGUUAGGGCUUCAUGUCCUCUUGGCAAUUAAGAAGCAUGAUCCAUCAACAGAAAAAUAUGAGGAUUUGUUAUCGUUAGCAAUGGCUGAAUAUAACAAAGGAAGGGAUGAUAAGUAUUGGUGGAUUCCGGUGAAAGUUUUAGAUAUUGGUACCAUUCAUAAUACCGGAAUGCAUUUUUCGAUCAAAAUUGCAAUUGCUCUUUCAAAUUGUACAAAAAUUGCUUAUACCAAUUUCAAUAGCAAAGAUUGUAUAGCAAAAAAAGCAACUGGUUUGAAGACUUGUACAUUUGAAAUGUUUCAACCAAGUUGGAAAAUAGCAGGAAAGAUGAAACUUUUAGCAUGUUCCGAUUAUGUUUCACCGGAACAGCUAGCCGAAAUGAAAAGUCAUGAUGAGUCAGAUACGGUGAAUAUGAAAGUAACUGAUCCGGUUAUUGAUUUACAAAAUUGGCAAGAGGGAAAAAAAACGGAAAUGUUAUGGAACAGUUUUUUAGAUUUCAUUAAAAAAUUCAAACGAGAAUAUUCGUCAGUAGCGGAACAAUUGGAUCGUUUCAAAAAAUAUAUGCAAAAUUUGCACUUCGUCGAGAAAUUGCAGCAUGAAGAGAAAGGGACAGCGAUUUAUGGUGUGACACAAUUCAGUGAUAUGUCACCUGAAGAAUUCCAAAAAACAAUGCUACCAAGUUUAUGGUGGGAUAGGGUAGUAUCCAAUGGUGUUGAAUAUGAUUUAAAGAAGUUUAAUCUUACAUUCAAUAAUCUACCAGAGCAAUUUGAUUGGCGUACAAAAGGAGUUGUCACGCCAGUAAAAAAUCAAGGAUCCUGUGGUAGUUGUUGGGCUUUUUCGGUUACUGGCAAUAUUGAAGGUCUUUGGGCUAUUAAAACAGGCAAGUUGAUAUCGCUUUCUGAACAAGAAUUGAUUGAUUGUGAUAGGAUUGAUAAAGGAUGCAAUGGAGGAUUACCAAUCAAUGCUUUCCGAGAAAUACAAAGAAUGGGUGGUUUGGAACCGGAAGAUCAAUAUCCAUACAAAGCAAGGAAUGGAACUUGUCAUUUGAUUCGAUCGGCUAUUGCUGUCACUAUCGAUGAUGCUGUGGAAAUUCCACGGAAUGAGACUGUGAUGAAAGCAUGGAUUGUUCAACGUGGACCUCUUUCUGUUGGAAUUGAUGCCAAAUUGUUGGCAUAUUAUAAAAGUGGAAUUCUUCAUCCAUCCCGAUCACGUUGCCCACCGUCAGGGAUUGAUCAUGGAGUACUGAUCACUGGCUAUGGUGUUGAAAACGGUCUACCUUACUGGACGAUCAAGAAUAGCUGGGGUGAUCAGUGGGGUGAGGAUGGAUAUUUCCGUUUGAUGCUUGGCAAAGACGUUUGUGGCGUUAGCGAUUUGGUGUCAUCUGCAAUCAUUUACUGAUCCUUCCACAACUGUUUAUUAAAACAAAAGCUGCAAUUUCCAUGCGUUACAGUUUUGUGAUUUCAGAUACCUGAAAUUUCAUAGAAAUGAGAUGAAAUUAUAGACCCAUAACUAUUACCUAUUUUUCAAAACUGUUAAUUUCAUUUAAUGAUGAGUUUGCUUGCUUUCAUCAGCCUUUCUGAUAUACUUACAUCAGUUUGUGUAAUUUAUCAAAAUGCAUACAAACAAAUGAGCAUGCAUAGGUUAGAUGAUGAAUAAAGUGAUAAGGCAC